AUGGAUGGAUUCGAAAACGGGGAACAACCUCUCCGACUACUGCCCUUCUCCUUGCCCCGUCUCGCUACCGAAGCGAGGGAAAGGAAUGUACUCGACUUGAAGCUCUUCGAAGUUGAAGUCCUCGAAGAUAUAUUCGGCUCAAGCCGCGUGGCGCUAGACAGAUAUUGCACGGCUAGAAGCAAGGGCUUGAUGAGCCGGGAGCACUCUCGGCGACGCUGCUGCAGUACCUGCGUGUUCGGCAGCCAUAUUCGCUCUCAAACGGAACCUGCAGUCCUCGAAAGCGAGAUCAACAUACCGCCCCCACCAUUCAUUACCUCUAUCACCAUGUCCCUCCCCAUCCACAGUCGAUUGCCUCGUCCGAAAAUGGAAGUCGCCUCCGGCCUUUGCCUUCUGCGACUUCUACCACUCUCCUCGAUAGACGCGGGUCGCCUUCCCGCCCGCGCCAUACGCGGCUUCUCCCUACCUCGAGGUCGUGCUGUUUCAUAUGAAGCUGCUGGGAUGAUGGCCGCGAAGGCCCGGGGACGGUACAUGGGCAAGCGCUUCCUGCCCGGCAGUCCCUCUCCUCUUUGCACUCUUCCCUCCCUAUACUGCCCGCGAUUCCUCCAGAUGCCCGUGCUUGCCCGCAUUGGAGAGAUUACCGCGUUCGCUGCCCGACCCGCGAGAGUCUGA